GUAGACCAAGAUGUUUUUACUAAACAGAUGUUGCUGUACAAACUGAACUAUCAAGUGAAACAAAUGGACCAGGAACUUUUUACCAGAUGUCCAGGGUUUUUCACCCACCCUGACCAUUCGUCCAUGGGAAUUAUUGGCCGUAGAGCAGCCUACGGGGACGCCUUCUUGGACCUGGAGAUUAAGUUGGCCAGUAAGACGCUGGAUGACAUGAAGAAAAAGUACUUGUUGUGUUUGGAGAAUCCGAGCGCUUUUAGGGGACCCACGACUACUAAACCUACAACUACCACUACUACCACCACUAAACGCACGACAACCAUGAAAGCGACUACGACUACUUCUGCUAUUUACUUCGGUGACUUUGGUUUUAAAGUUCUCCGAUCCAAAAACAUCACAUACAGAAACUACGAUUUUCUGGCACUGGAGGUGAGAAUUCCGGACGACAGGCAGAGCAAGUCAAUGAAUUGGUGCCGCGACUAUCAGCUUUUAUGCCAAAGUCUCUCUCGUCGUCCGACCGGGUGUGGGGAAAGAUUUAAAUCUACAUAUGGAUACCAACAUUGUGCGUCCGAUUACAACUCUGACAUGGACAUCGGGGACGUCCUUAGCUGCAAUCCUUCCAGAAACAUAGCGUCUGCAGUCAACCUGGCGUUCGGUGAUGGCAAAGCCCCAGCAAAGAGCAGCUAUAACGCCUUUGGCUUCCAUUCUUGCACCAGUCAUACCUGCCAAAAGAGCAUCGAGAAAAGUGACAUAGCAUUAAGUUAUAUGAAGGGGUCGUGGCAGAACAACGGGACUGAGACCAUCAUGUACACGCUGUGUCGUUGACCAAUGGUAUCCACACAAUGGCACCACAGAAGCACGUUAUUUGUGCGUGAUAUCACUUCGUCUAUCAAAUGAUUUUCUAUUUUGUGAUUGACGUCAAUCGUCAAAAUCUAAUGAGAGACUAAAAUAUUAAAGGUAAUGCAGUGUUAUCCUCUUUUGUUAACGUAAUUAUAAAAGAUUAUAAAAACUACUGGUACCUUCUUUUACACGGUCGCCAUUAAGAACACUCUGACUUAUUGCAGUUCCAUUUCUUUAACAUAUUAAGUUUAAAAAA